AUGCCUCGCAUGCCUAGGAAAUGGACGGCUGAGGAGGACAAAGCUCUAAGAAAUGAGGUCCUUGCACAACUUGCCGAAGGGGAAGCAAAGGAUUGGUGCCGGAUUGCCUCGAAACUCCCUGGACGCACAAAUAAAGACUGCCGGAAGCGUUGGCACAACGCUGUUGCAGGAGGCCUCAAGAAAGGUCAAUGGGCCAAGUCUGAAGACGCUCUGCUACGACGAGGCGUUGAACGUCAUGGCCAGAGAUGGACUUUGGUUGCUGAGGAAGUAAGGACCAGGAGUGCAGACCAAUGCGCGAAAAGAUGGCAGCAGUCUUUGGAUCCAGAACUUGAUAGAAGUGAAUGGUCCGAGCAAGAGAACCAGCAACUUCUCUAUGCAGUCUCCAAAAUCGGCCGACACUGGAAGGAGAUUCAAAAGCUGUAUUUUCCCGGAAGAUCGAAGAAUUGCAUCAAGAAUAGAUAUACAGUCCUGACGCGGAAGAUCCAAAACCAGGGAGGAAGCGUUGAUGCAUAUGCCAAUUACUACAACAAUGACGAUGAUGACGAUGACGACGACGAACAAAGUGAAUACCAGUCCGAGACAGACCACGAUUUCUCGUGUAGUUACGAGAAUGACUCUGGAAUCGACAGUGCAAGAACAGGAAACUCCCCUACCUACUCAGAUAGCACCCGCGGGUCCGUUAGUUAUAGCAACAGCGACUUCGGUACCUCCUGGGGAGCCGAAGACUCUGUAUUUCCACAAGUCAGCUCCCCUUCAUACAACUCCUCCACCUACUACGGCGGAUAUAGCAUGCCCACCGCGUCAUACGAUACUGCGGCCUAUGCCGAUCUUCCCACGCCAACACCACAGACGUGGUGGAACCAGUCCCAAGUAAACGCAGACAGCUCUGUAGAUCCAGCUCUUUUACACAAGGGCUCCGCAGACGGCUACGUCGGCACGUAUUUCAGCAACACACUGACCACAUCGCCGACGUUUGCUUCCACAAGUCCGGCGAUGGGCAGCUACUCCGUGUCCGCGGGCUACGGGUAUCCGACUGGAUCCAUGGACGCGGAUAUGAGCAUGACUGCCACCACCGAAGACACGAAUCUCUACGCGGCGCAGUACAACAUCCCCGGCCAGCAGAGCGUGCGCGUGUCCAUGACACUGAAGCAGCCCUGCACCGCAACAAUGACGAAUCUGAUGCGGAUAGCCGUCGACAACGGCGCACGCUUCUUUGUGGAGCAAGACCGACCGUGA